AUGAAACAAAACUUGAAGCUCACCAACCACGACAGCUCUCUUCUUUCUGAUCCUUCUCCCUAUUGUCGCCUUGUUGGUCGUCUCAUAUACUUGACUAUCACUCGUCCUGACAUUGUUUUUGCAAUGAACAUUCUCAGUCAAUUCAUGCACGAUCCUCGUGAUCCUCACAUGCAGGCUGCUACUCGAGUUCUUCGCUAUCUCAAAGACAGUCCUGGACAAGGUAUUUUCUUUUCCUCCUCCAACACUCUUCAUGUUACUGCAUAUAUUGAUUCCGAUUGGGCUAGUUGCCCCACCACUUGUCGCUCCACCACAUGCUACUUUGUUCAGCUUGGCACUAGUCCCAUCUCCUGGCGUACAAAAAAAAGACAACCGUGGCCCGGUCCUCCGCUGAAGCUGAAUAUCGUGCCAUGGCUGUCACCACCUGCGAACUCACUUGGUUGA